CUUAUCCUUAGCUUAACUGUGAAAAAUAUAUAAGACUUAUUCGGAGAAGCACAGUUUCUGCAAAGAUUGACAAUUCUUGUCACAUGCUUAUAAAUUUACACAAGUUAAAAGACUACUUUAAUUCCCAAAUGCAAAUAUUAGCUACUACUGUGUUAUUUGUUCGAAUUCUCAAGCAGAUGGAAACGAAGCAAAUUAUACACAAAAUGUCUCCGUAAAGCUGUCAUUGGUGACAAGUUUGUAGAACUUUGUUUGAACGCAUACAUUACUUUCAAUUUCAGCUUUUACAAUAAGAGAGGGUUUCCUCCUUUAAAAAAAUAAACCGCAAUCUCACGCAAGAGUAGAACUGAAUUGUUGACUUCACGUGUUCAUGUUUAUAUAUGAAGCACACAUUUACCCCCCCGCUUGAAAACAGCUCGUUGAAAUAUGUAUUAAAGGACUUUUUGAAAAUUGACGCCUGGGAGCUGACAGGCUAACAGGCUAAGAUACACCUGAAAAACGACAGUGUUUUCCCACAGUCUGCUAAAAGGGUGGGACAGCAGUCCUCUCUGGAGGGAAUGCCAGGUUAUAUACAUAAUGUGAUAAUCCCCUGUAUUGCCUGUAUUGCCCGUUGUGACUAUAUACGCCUUUUGCAUAUAAAUACGAUUCAAUCGAUGAUUCCGUUUUUUAGAGCGCUUCUGAUAUAAAUUUCAUUUUCCGCAUGCAGGGCUUCCUCACUCAUCCACUUAUAACUCGCCGUGACAAGUUGACCCGCGGAGAUGAUUCGAUAGGUAAUAGUAAAGGUAGAUGUUAAUAUAAUUCAUUCCCUGCGUGACUCCGUCACAGACGGUCGACAAGGGGUCAGUAAAUAGGACGUGCUUUCCUUUAACUGUACCAAUGAAAACCGUGUUAAUAGAGUAUUGACACUGAGUGAGGCUUGACAUAAAGGUUUUCUGCGGGACCGUCAACACAACAAAAUGGUGCUCAAGUUGAUGUCGCUCCUGGUUGUACUGAUAAACUUCGCUGAAUGCAGUCUGCUGAGUGAGAUCAACGUUACUUUUCCUGAACCCGGCGUUCUACAGGUGUAUGAAAAUAAGGAGGCAACGAUUCACGUCACAAUUGAAAGUGACCGUCAGCAAGUCGUUUUUAUCCGAUUUCAAGCAAAGGACGACACAAUUGCAGUACUUAAAGGCAACACAAGCACGCCGGUUGAAACAUGGAGCACUCAGGGUCAGAAAAACCUGAGUUUGACAGUAAAGGGAAUAUUCCUGGGCAGAACAUCGAUUCUAACCACCCUGUAUGAAAACCAGUCCGUUUUUGAAAAUGACGGGGAAUCUUUAGAACUCCCUACCAACUCCAUAAUAGAAGUGCUUCGGGAACCAAACCCACUGUAUACAGUUUUCCUUAUUGUACUGUCCGUUGUAAUUGGGAUUAACAUUUUCGGAUUUGGCUUAAUGCUAGAUUUGGAAGUAGUCAAAGAAAUAUUUAAGAAGCCGAUUGCUCCGAUUGUCGGAUUUGCCUGUCAGUACAUUGGCAUGCCUUUGAUUGCUUUUGCGUUCACCCAAAUUCUGAACCUGCCUGAUGCUCUGGCACUUGGUCUGUUUGUCGGUGGCUGCUGUCCGGGAGGAGGGUCCAGCAACAUAUGGUCACUGUUACUGGACGGUGACGUCAACCUGAGCAUGUGUAUGACCUUCAUAAGUACCACUGCAUCCAUAGGUAUGAUGCCUCUGUGGCUGUUCACGCUGGGAAUGAUGUUCACUAGCACAGUCACAAUUCCUUACGGCAACAUUCUCGUCGCCAUCGUCUCCCUACUUAUACCCGGCUUCAUAGGUAUUCUCGUCAAAAAGUACGCUCCCAAGGUCGCAGGGGUUUUAACAAAGGCCGUGCGCCCUAUAGCCGCCAUUACAGUUCUGGUUGUGAUUUUUUUGGGAAUAUACAACAACUUAUAUGUGUUCGUCCUGUUCGCCAAAGAUUGGCGAUAUUUGGUUGGAGGAGCUUUGGUCCCUUUCACCGGUUUUGUUUUGAGCUGUGCAGCGUCAUUUGGCGCCUGUUUGCCCUGGUACCGCGUCAAGACAAUUAUGUGUGAAACAGCAAUCCAAAACACGGGCAUUGCGAUAGUGCUGCUCGGAUUUUCACUACCGCAGCCUGAUGCUGACUUGGCGACAGUCAUGGCCAUAGCGAUGAGUCUGGUUGUCCCUCCCCCGCUUGUUAUCAUCUUAAUAAUCCGAACCAUCUAUUUGCGAUGUUGUAAGAAGAAUCAGGACAAAGCCAAGGAUUCAAAAGAAAACGAGAAUGAAAAGAAAGAACAGGGUGAUAUCAAACUGGAAACAAAUGUUGAGAAGAAGUCCGACCUUGACAGAACGGAAAAUGGUGUAAUUUCACAAGUUUACGAAAAGGAAACGGAGUGAAUCACUUACAAUGAAAUAGGGGUAAAUUAUUGGCAUUAAUUAUUCCCGCGUUCAUCUUCAUUCACAAUGUUUAAUUUUCUUUCUAAACUUCGUUGGCAUUUUAGACUACAUUUUUAGUCGGCCCUAUCAAAAUACAUUACCAUCUUAAACCAAUGUAGACUUCCAUGUAGGAUAAUGUAAUGUAUUAUGUAUGAUUACGGAACUCAUGGAUUUAGAUUUUCUAACAUGACAUAAAAAUCAUUUCAGUUACGAAUCUCGCUUAUUUUUGAAUAAAUAUUCGCCUAUCGUGCCGUUAACUGGUUUGCCCUGUGUGCAAUGC